AUGGGCUCACCAAAGAGCUCACACACGCUCACCUCUAUGGAAGAUACUGCACCAUUCCUGACGGCCCUGGGACUGGCACAGCUACCGGACACCGCACGACAGAGUGCCUUCACCUCAACGUCAACCUGGGACCCGGCGCAUGCAACAACCUUCAUCCCAAGAAGGGGGAAAGAGAGGACGGCAGAUCCAGGAACAAGCACCAGCGAGGACCCAACCUAA